CACAAGCACCGUGAACCCGUGCCGCCUUAACCCAGCAACCCAGCAACCACGCAACCACGUUAGUGAAAAUACCUACCUACAUAGUCGUCUUAUUAGAUUCAAACCUUCUCGGGAAGCACGUCUCAACUCCCAACGUUCUUUUGACACCAUCAGACACCCUUUGGUUAACAAAGGCAGAGAAAGAGGAAAAGACGUUCAGAAACAAUGGGAUUGAUGACAAUUUGAACAACCCAGACAAGCCGAACAAUACUCAUUCUUUUAAGACAAUGAUAUAUUUUGGUCUUUUAUAACGUUGCUGGUCUACGACGAAUUCCUACUUCUACUCGCCUGUCCCCCGACAUAUCAACCUUAGCCAUUCGCACCGCUUUUUUCCUUCCACUAUCUUUUAGGCGCAACUAGAAUUUGUACCUUAUUCAUAUUUGUUUUCAUAAUUAAUGAACUGUUGAUUUGCGCAGCUAGCUGCCCUUCGGCUGGAAUCGAGUCACGGUUUACAGCCUCCUCUAAUCCUAAUAUAAACGGUAGAGACGGCAUUGAAUACUAAAUUAAUACCUAACCGCAAUCAUGGUUCCCUCUAUACAGUCACAAGCCGCCCAGGUGGCUUUGCUUGAAUGGACCGAGACGAUGCUCGUCCGAUUCAUGCCUGAUCGAAGUCCAGAAUUGAGAGCGAAGAAGCCUGAGAACCUCUACGAUGGCGCUGUUUUCUCUGCCCUACUUGAGAUUUUAGAUACCGAGUACAACCCUUCCAGAUUCCAACAAAGCCUCGAAUCUUUUCCAGCAGACCCCGAUCAAGGUAGGAGGAGGAACUUACACAUCAUCCAUAUGGGCCUGAAAGAUCUUGGGAGGCGAAACUGUCCCAAAGUAGAACCUUUGAUCAACCAGCUGGAUUUCCAGGCAUUGGCUAAGGAACCGACUAGGGCCGGUGCCUUCGACAUUUUGGUCCUCUUCUUAUGCGCUGCGUGUCUUCGUGAAGAUGAUAACUCGAAGUUUGUUAGCUUAGUUACGGGUUUGGAAACGAAAGCCCAACAGGGUAUUUUCCAGAUACUCAAAGAAGUUGAUACAAAAUUGGCGCAGAUAGCUUCGACUGGUGAAGGCGACCUUGAGCCAGGUCAUCCCGCCGAUCUCGAUGACGAACUUGCGCAAGAAGCAGCGCUGGCGCAACUACAGUACGAGGCGGAAGAUGCGAGGAGACAGGCGGGCGGCUUAAAAAUGCGGCUAGAUCGUCUUCAAGAUAAUUACGAGGAUCUGAUUAGGAAGCACGAAGAGCUCCAAGAAGAGAAUGAGCAGUUACACAAGCAGAUCGAGUCGGAAGCCGGCAACUUUGAUAAGCAUCGUCUUCAGCGUCAAUUGAAGGAGAAUGAGACGCUCAUCGCAAAUUUGGAGAACGAAAGGAACUACCUGGUUGAAGAAAGAGACCGACUCUUAAAAGAGAAAAGUCGCCUUGAAGUAGCGGCCCAAAAAGCCGAGACUUUGACUGACGAGAACCAGGAGCUUCGUUCCAGAAAUGAGGACCUUUCUAAGAAAGCUAAUAUGGCCGACAACUUGAGGAAGAAGCUAGAAUCGAUGAAGGCGAUAGAAGCCGACUUCAAGACCCUCCAGAAUGAGCGUGUUGAUGCUGCUAAGCUCAUGGAACAGCUUGACAAUGCCACAAUGAGAAUAGAGACCUUAAAGCGGGAAGCUGAAGCCUACGCCACGAAGAUGCAGGGUUAUGAAAUCGACAUCGCCAACUUUAAUAACCAGAAGACCAUGUACACAGCAGAGAACGCCGAGUUGAGAUUGCGCCUUGAAGAUCUGCACUCCAGGAGUCAGAUAGACGAAGCUGUUGUCCGAGAUCUUCAAGAGAAAGUCAUGAUGCUUGACCCCUCAGCUACUACUACUACUACUACUCCGAGCACCCCUCUAGGUUCCCAUCAUCCGGCUACGCUCGAAGAUGAACUUAACGAGUCUAGCAAUGCUAUGUCAAUGAGGAACCUCGAAUUGCAACGCCUGCAGGCAGAGAAUGCUGUUCUUAAGAGCAGCAUCGGUACGGAAACCGAAAAAGGUCAACUUAUCCAGGAGAUGGAAGACCUUCGUGUUUCACGUGAAAGCCUGCAGGAGAAGGUAAAUGACUUACUCGAGAAAUACACGGUUAGCCAACAUCAGCUCGAUGCGCUUAUUCAAAACAUGGGCAAAGACGGGUUAGUCAAAGCUUUACAAGCUUGUUAUGACCUAGCGCCGGACACGAAGUGGCUAAUGUCGAAUUACUUCAGAGACGAAGCAUAUUCCAACAUGCGAACGCAAGUCCUCGCCGAACAGAACAACGCCAAGAAACUCGAAAGGGAACUUGCAUCCGCAAAGGAGCAGAUCGCCGACAAAGACCGUGCCUUACUCGAAGCACGAGGCGACUUUAAUGCCGUCGAGAAGUCCAGCCUAGAAGCUCUUGCGGAGCUGAAGAGAACCGAUGGCAUGCUUGCCGUUUCUCUUCGUGCCGAGCUUGAGACGGAAAGGAGGAAGCACAAGGCAUUGAGAGACGAAUUCGAAAACCAGCGAUCGCAACUCUUAACAGCGUUCAUCGAGAAAGACCAGCUUCGACGCGAAGCUGAGGCGGCUAACCGCGAGAUGCAAAGGGCUGCAGACGGACUUCCCGUCAACACGGAUAGCGCCAAGCAAUCCGAGAAGAUGGAGAAGCUCCGGACUCGGUACAAGCAACUACAGCAGCAAUACGAGCAGUCAGAACUUAAGAACCGUGAGCUAGAACGGACACUCAAGGCUGUCCGUGCCGGAUCAGAAGCCGGUGCUCAGAAGGCACAAACCGACCAGAUUAUUAAAAACCUCCAACGCGAGAACGCGAUGAUCGCCACUGCUUGGUACGACCUUACAAGUCGCCUACAAAGCAACCAUGUUGUCCUACAGCGACGGCACGAUGUCCCAAAGAGUUGGUUAAACAAACAGAGACAGCUGGUGAAUGCUACGCCUCGGAAAUAGGAAGUCUAAGUAUAAUACAGUUGGCCACGACGGGAUCUGCGGUGGUCUAGAAUUGGCUUAUUCUCCCAGCCUCAACUUUAUUGCUAGCGAAGCCAGAUAUUACUUGAAGCCGGCUUGGACAUUGGCGGUGGGGGCUAGAUGUCCCUUUUCUCUUCUACACUUUCUCACAGGAAGUCUUCCUUCGUCUUUAUAUCACUUUACGUUGGAACGAUUGAUGCUACCAUCCUAAAGAUAUCACACUUUGCCCCCUUCGAGCGCAUUUUCUUUUCAUAGGGUUGGUAGGCAAGCAUGUGCAAUUCUUGGUGGACGGCCUUGGUGAUCGCUACGCGUCGACGUACGCAUGCUUUUUUUGUACGUACGUAAAUUAUACCCGCUCUAUACUGCAUUGGUAGAUACGCGGUGGUUGUGUUUGAGAGAAUUGAGUUUUCUGAACCUAAA